AUCUAAGCAACUUCACUUGAUUUUGAAGCUCCAGCUGGACCAACACUCCCAAAAUGAAGGCUUUCACUCUUGCGGUUGCUGCGGCCAUCAUGGUGACAGUCAUCGGGAUCCAUGAGGGAUCCGCUGACAUGAUCAUUGAAGGUGCUGAACUGAUGGAUGGAUUGGCCAAUGUCAGCCCAAUCGCUGAAGGUGAAGACAUGCCAGCGGACUCCUGGAAGAUGCCAUAUGAGAGAGCUAUGCUGCGCCGCCGUCGCUGUCGUUUCUGCUGCGGUUGCUGCCCUGGAAUGAGAGGUUGUGGCAUCUGCUGCAGAUUCUAGAAAAGGCCUAAAAACAGCAUGAAGAUAAAUGAACUACAGGGAAAAAAAUGCAGUUCAAUAAAUCGUUGCUUUUUAUGGAUCUAAGCAGUUUUUAUGCUUUCAUUGUAACAAUGUGGAUGGUGCUUUACAACCAAAAGGUGUUACCAUACUAAACAUUGUUUUUAAUGCUUUAUGAGUAUAACUAUGAUGUUUAGACUCAGUGUUUGGAUAACUUGAUCAGAGGUGUAAUUUUUGGUGUCAUGAUAAAUCUUACCCCUCAAUAAAUAUUCUUGAAAACUUCA